AUGGUCCAGAUCAGCGAGGUCAAGGGCAACAAUCGGGAGAACCGCACGGCGGCCCAUACGCACAUCAAAGGUCUGGGGUUGAGGUCAGAUGGGACUGCAGAUAAGCAAGCGGCCGGCUUUGUCGGCCAGAAGACGGCGAGAGAGGCAUGCGGCGUCGUGGUUGAUUUGAUCAAGGCGCAGAGGAUGGCCGGACGUGGUGUGCUUCUCGCAGGAGGACCGGGUACGGGAAAGACAGCGCUCGCGCUCGCCAUCAGCCAGGAACUAGGCACCAAGAUCCCCUUCUGCCCCAUCGUCGGCAGCGAGAUAUACUCGACCGAGGUCAAGAAGACGGAGAUUCUGAUGGAGAACUUCAGGCGAGCCAUCGGGCUCAAGGUCCGGGAGACGAAGGAGGUCUACGAGGGCGAGGUGACGGAGCUGACGCCGGAGGAGGCCGAGAACCCCCUGGGCGGCUACGGUAAAACCAUCAGCACGCUUCUCAUCGGGCUUAAGAGCGCAAAGGGCCAGAAGAAGCUGCGGCUCGACCCCAGCAUAUACGAGGCCAUCCAGAAGGAGCGCGUCUCGGUCGGCGACGUCGUCUACAUCGAGGCCAACACGGGCGGCUGCAAGCGCGUCGGCCGGUCGGAUGCCUAUGCCACCGAGUUCGACCUGGAGGCCGAGGAGUACGUGCCGAUCCCCAAGGGCGAAGUGCACAAGAAGAAGGAGAUUGUGCAAGACGUGACGCUGCACGAUCUUGACGUGGCCAAUGCGCGGCCCCAGGGUGGGCAGGAUAUCAUGAGCAUGAUGGGCCAGCUUAUGAAGCCCAAGAUGACCGAGAUUACCGAGAAACUACGGGCCGAGAUCAACAAGGUUGUCAGCAAAUACAUCGAUCAGGGUGUUGCCGAGCUUGUGCCGGGUGUCUUGUUUAUUGAUGAGGCACACAUGCUCGAUGUCGAAUGUUUCACGUACCUGAACCGCGCAUUGGAAUCGAGCAUCUCACCCAUUGUGGUGCUAGCGUCGAACCGUGGAAUGGCGACGCUCCGUGGGACGGACGAGAUCGUGGCCGCACACGGCAUUCCCACAGAUUUCCUAGCACGGCUGCUCAUCAUUCCAACGACGCCGUACGAUGCCGACGAGAUCAAGCGCAUUGUUCGCAUUCGGUCCACCACCGAGGGCGUGGCCAUCACGGAUGCCGCCAUCGACAAGAUUGCAGAGCACGGCGUCCGCAUCAGUCUGCGUUAUUGUCUGCAAUUGCUAACACCGGCAAGCAUUCUGGCCAAGGCAAACGGUCGAAGCCAAAUUGAUGUCCAGGACGUGGCUGAGUGCGAGGACCUGUUCGUCGACGCCCGGCGCAGCGCCACCCUCCUGUCCCAGGAGAGCGGCAAAGGCUACAUCUCGUAA